UCACCGCUGACAGCGAGCGGCCAAGCACAUCGGGAUUGUGAUAACAUCACUCCAACUUGCGGAUGCAUGCCCGGAGGAGGUAGCGGUAUGCGGCUGCUUGGUCCCCCGGGGGAGGGGGCGGGGGCGUUCCGAGUGGGAGGAACCACUGCGGCUGGCCGGAGAGGGGCGGGAGCCGGUGUGGGACUGGAAAUGAAUCACACUGUACACUAUAAACUACAGCCUGAAACAUUAUGAAAAGGGUGAAAAGGUUUUUUUGUUUUACAUUUAAAAAACAAGAGUGUAAUAUCGCCUACAUCAGGUUAUAAACAAUGUUAUAUAACUUUUUAAAUUAGGCAGGACCCCUCUAUUUCGUAAAAUGAUAAGAAAAUAGUUUACACAGCAAUCUUUAAAAAAACCAAGCAUGAACUCUUCAAAUAAUAGUGUUAUUGCGUUGCGCGUAGGGACGGGAUAAGUUGGCAUAUUUGACCACACCUCCUGGUUUCUGGAGGGGCUCUCAGCUGGACCGGUACAAAUAACUGAAUCGUGUUCAAGACUAGAGACUGUGCAGACCUGCAGCCUCCACUGGUCCUUUCUGAAAGGCAACAGCAUGAAUCCAAGUCUUUGGGGCAAAGGCAUGUUUACCUCCAGCAACAUUUGCCUUGAAGACUGCCCUGCAGAGCAACUCUCCCAUUUUCAACCUGACCCUGCACCGCCUGAUGUAUCAAAUGUUUCUGUGACUUUACACAGUGACAAUGAGAACAUGAAAAUGCUACCAGAGAGUGCCUAUUACAGCAGCAGUGAAGCUGGUUCAAGUUUGAUCUUUUCCAGUAAACUGGAGCUCAAUCCCAGAUACAGUUCUUGCGAUCACCAUGUCUGGAACGUAAACAGCGGCCACCAAGCAAAACGUGCCAGAGUAGAAAAUAUCAUCAAAGGCAUGACCGGCUCUCCUGGUAUGUACUGUUUAAAGGUGACGACAAAUCAGCAUGAGGAGACGGACUGUGUGCAGGAAAAGGAAAGGAUUCAAGAACUGCCUUCACAUCAAGAAAACACGGAAAGAAGUGGCUCUGGCGCAACAAGUCACAGCCAAACAAAAAAAAAGCAGCAUGAGAAUCAGCAUCAGCGGCUCAGAACAAGGUUUAAAAAUGUUGUAACUGAACCAACAGACAGUAGCAAAGAAGAAAACUAUCCCAUGUGUAGCGGCUCUCCUGACAACUCUCCAAGGGAUUCAUACAGCAGGUUUGAAAGCAGCUCCAAUACAAAAUAUCAGGGAUGGAAAAAGGUGAAACUGAUGAACUACUUUCAAAGCAGACCUGAUAGAAUAAAGCUAAUGGCUGAUGUUUUGAAGUAUGAACUGUCCAGAGCUGUCAGCAGGAGCGUUGACUCUAUUUUCAAAAGCAUGCCACUUCUGCAGACAUCACCAAACGACAACAGUGGGACUGUAGAGACUGAUGUGUCUCUUAAGUCAUCAGUGUGUAAAGACAAUAAAUUAAGACUUGCAUGUUAUGAGAAUGCAGAGGUACAAGUGCCAGAUGUUCAAACUGAAGCUCUGUCUCUGGUUGUACAAAAGCCUCAGCUAGAAAGCUCUGACAACUUUGUACUCCAGUCCAGACUGAGAGCUCACCAUCACCCAAAACCUCCACUUGACUCCACUGUGCAUGAAGAUCAGCCACCAGAGAAGAAUCACAAUGCCGUGCACCAGCAUGCCCUCAGAUGCUUGCAAGACGAACCCUCUGAAGCUGCUCAAGCAAAGCUUGAGACAUUUGACACAUAUUGGAAUUCAGUCAAGGUGAGAUCGAAGGUCAACUCCAGGUCUAUGAAAAGCCCACAGACUCAUCCUGUGUCAGUGGAUCCAACACUUUUAGAAAGCCUGUGUCUCCCUCAUGUCAAGAUCGAAUCUGAUAGUUUGGUGAGGAAUAAGCUGUACAUGCUGAAUGAGGGUCUGACCACAAACCAUCUGAAGAAAGCAAAACUUAUGUUCUUCUACACUCGCUAUCCGAGCUCACUGGUACUGAAGAUGUGUUUCCAUGAUGUGCAGUUCACACGCUGCAUCACCUCUCAGCUCAUCAAGUGGUUCAGUAACUUCAGGGAGUUUUAUUACAUCCAGAUGGAGAAGUUUGCCCGACACGCUCUCAUGGAAGGAGUGGCUGAUGUGAGGGUUCUGACUGUGGGGAGACAAUCAGAACUUUUCAGGGCCCUCAAUAUGCACUACAACAAAGCCAAUGACUUCCAGGUCCCCGACAGAUUCCUUGAAGUUGCUGAGAUUACAUUGAGAGAAUUUUACAUUGCCCUUUCAAUGGGCAAAGAUCGUGAUCCAUCGUGGAAGAAAGCAAUCUACAAGGUGAUCUGUAAACUGGACAGUGACGUACCAACUGAAUUCAAAACUCACUCUGAGUAAAAACCAGAGGACGUCAUGUGCCACAAUGGUUACUGUCACAAUGCGGACUUUCUCAUGCCUUGAUGAGCAAACUCUUUUGUGAAUCGUUUCAUUGUAAAUUGGACGGGGUGUCUCCAAUCUCCAUACCUGUGGCAGACUAAUGGCCCAGUUUGUAAUGUUGAAUGUUUGCCUGUGUUCAUCACCUCAUAUUAUGAGGUAAUUUGACCUCUGUAUUUUGCUAUAUCAGCCAUAUUAUACAGCAAAAUACAUAUUUGUAUAAUUGUGAAAGUUUUAUCAGCCACAAAGAGCAACAGAGAAAACAAUGUUAGGGAAGCAUUUUUCUUUAAUGAGCACAAAAUACGGUCCACAUAAGAAAAAGCAUUUAUAUUCAGCAGAGCUCAUUACUGUCAUUUUCUAUGAACAGCAUGUACAGGAUAUUUAAAAUGGAAACCACAAGAAAUUGAAUCACUAUAUCAUGUCCAUGAUCUCGCUCACUCCUUACACAUUAUUAAAAUAGCAAUAUUUCUUUGUUUCUUCUGUACUUACCAUAUGGAUCCAUCCACCAGCUUUCAAGUAUGAUACCCUAUGGUUGGCAAAUCAGAUGUGGUCUUCAUCAGUAGUUCUGUGUUCACUCGUAACUGAUGAUUCUUGCUUUUGUCUUCAGUGACUCCACAAACAAUGCUGAUAAUCCAGAUGAAAAUUUCUGAUGGAUCCAAACUCUAGAUCCUUAGUUUCACAAAUGCAAUAUUUGCAGAUCUAAAAUGUUAAAAAUGAAUAUACCUGCUAGUAACAUUAAUAAUCACACUCGGUAAAUGUGCACUCAGUUUGUAACGAAAAUUCAAUUGCAGCAAUACAAUGUAAUAUGAUCUACAUUCAUAUUUUAAUGUAUGAUUUUUCUUUUCAAGUAACCUGUUCUCAACACUUGAGAAUAUAGUCGCUUUGCAAAGUAUUAAGACCCCUUCACUUUUUGCACAUUUUUUAGGUAUUUUUGCAAAUUAAUAAAAAAAAAAAAAAACUACAACUUAAAUCUCAGAUUUUCAAAAGUCUUCAGAACCUUUGCUAUGGCACUUUGAAUUGUGGUCUAGUUUAUCCUGUUUUCCCCCCUGAACUGAAUCGAUUCAACAUACUUUACAAACACAAACACUUGUGUAUAAGGUUAUACAAUUCACAAUGCAUGUCAGGGCAAAAGCCAAGCCAGUAUGAAAUAGUGAGGCCCAAAUCAGGGCAAGAAUAUAAAACCAUUCCUAAAGCCAAGCAGACACUGUACAGAUUUGGCCCAAUUUUUAGACCUAACUACUUUAGAGUUGGGCUUUUAGGGUUCUGCCGCCCAUUUUAUGACCCGAACGAUCAACGAUCUGCCUCUCAAAUGCUCAUAAAAGUCGUACAGAGUCAGCUCAGCUUUAAGGACAGCGUUUCUUGGUGCAUGGUAGCCCCAAUAACUGCAAAAUGGACAAAAUAUGGAGCCACCAGGAUUCUUCCUAGAGUUGGUCAUCC